CAGCUCCGCCCUCGCCGCCAGCCCUAGCACGGAUUCUAGCUCCUUCUCGGGCCCGACUCGACCCUCUCUGGCCUCGGCUACUCAGGCUGCGGCGGAAGAUGGCGGCUCCUGCAGCUCAGGAAGAGAGCUCCGAAGUGGCGCUUGCUGCGGCCUUGGCUGAUGUGCCCGAGCUGGCCCGGCUCCUGGAGACCGACCCGUACCUGAAACCCUUCGCCUCGGACUUGCAACGCAGGUAUAAGCAAUUUACUGGGACUUUGGACAACAUUAGAGAAAAUGAAGGUGGUAUUGAUAAAUUCUCCAAAGGCUAUGAGUCAUUUGGCAUCCACAGAUGUGCUGAUGGUAGCGUAUACUGCAAAGAAUGGGCCCCUGGAGCAGAAGGAGUUUUUCUUACUGGAGACUUCAAUGGUUGGAAUCCAUUUUCAUACCCAUAUAAAAAACUGGAUUUUGGAAAAUGGGAGCUGUACAUCCCACCCAAGCAGGAUAAAUCUGCAAUUGUGCCUCAUGGAUCCAAGUUAAAGGUAGUUAUUACUAAUAAAAGUGGAGAGAUCCUGUAUCGUAUUUCACCGUGGGCGAAGUAUGUGGCUCGUGAAGGUGAUAAUGUGAAUUAUGAUUGGAUACACUGGGAUCCGGAACACCCAUAUAAAUGUAAGCAUGUGAGGCCAAAGAAGCCAAGAAGUCUAAGAAUUUAUGAAUCUCAUGUGGGAAUUUCUUCCCAUGAAGGAAAAGUUGCUUCUUAUAAACAUUUUACAUAUAAUGUACUUCCAAGAAUUAAAGACCUUGGAUACAACUGUAUUCAGUUGAUGGCAAUCAUGGAACAUGCAUAUUAUGCCAGUUUUGGUUACCAAAUCACAAGCUUCUUUGCAGCUUCCAGCCGUUUUGGAACACCAGAAGAUCUAAAGGAAUUGGUUGACACGGCACAUUCAAUGGGAAUCACAGUCCUCUUAGAUGUAGUACACAGCCAUGCUUCAAAAAAUUCAGAGGAUGGAUUGAAUAUGUUUGAUGGAACAGAUUCCUGCUAUUUUCACUCCGGACCUCGAGGGAAUCACGAUCUUUGGGAUAGUAGAUUGUUUGCCUACUCCAACUGGGAAGUUUUAAGAUUUCUUCUGUCAAACAUAAGAUGGUGGUUGGAAGAAUAUGCCUUUGAUGGAUUUCGCUUUGAUGGUGUUACGUCCAUGCUCUAUCAUCACCAUGGAAUGGGUGAAGGCUUUUCAGGUGACUACCAUGCAUAUUUUGGACUACAAGUGGAUGAAGAUGCCUUGAUUUAUCUCAUGUUGGCAAAUCAUCUGGCUCACACAUUGUAUCCAGAUUCCGUAACAAUAGCUGAGGAUGUUUCAGGGAUGCCAGCUCUGUGCUGUCCAAUUUCCCAGGGCGGGGUUGGUUUUGACUAUAGAUUAGCCAUGGCAAUUCCAGAUAAAUGGAUCCAGCUACUUAAAGAAUUUAAAGAUGAAGACUGGAAUAUGGGCAAUAUAGUGCACACCCUUACAAACAGGCGCUACCUGGAAAAGUGUAUUGCUUAUGCUGAGAGCCAUGAUCAGGCCCUUGUCGGUGAUAAGACACUGGCAUUCUGGAUGAUGGAUGCAGAAAUGUAUACAAACAUGAGUGUGCUCAGCCCCUUUACUCCAGUCAUUGACCGUGGGAUCCAGCUUCAUAAGAUGAUUAGACUCAUUACUCAUGGUCUCGGGGGUGAAGGUUAUCUCAAUUUUAUGGGUAAUGAGUUUGGACACCCAGAAUGGUUAGACUUCCCAAGAAAGGGAAACAACGAGAGUUACCAUUAUGCCAGAAGGCAGUUUCAUUUAGCUGAUGAUGACCUCCUGCGCUAUAAGUUCCUGAAGAACUUUGACAGGGAUAUGAAUAAAUUGGAAGAAAGAUGCGGUUGGCUUGCAGCUCCUCAGGCCCAUGUGAGUGAGAAGCAUGAAGAAAAUAAGAUCAUUGCUUUUGAGAGAGCAGGUCUUCUUUUCAUUUUCAACUUCCACUCAAACAGGAGUUACGCUGAUUAUCGAGUUGGAACUGCGCUGCCAGGGAAAUUCAAAAUUGUGCUGGAUUCGGAUGCACCCGAGUAUGGAGGGCACCAGAGACUUGACCACAGCACCGAUUACUUUUCUGAGGCUUUUGAACACAAUGGCCGCCCCUAUUCUCUUUUGGUGUACAUUCCAAGCCGAGUGGCCCUCAUCCUUCAGAAUGUGGAUCUGCCCAAUUGAAGAGGCCUGAUUUCCGAGACCCACAUGAAAAUGUAUGUUUUGUGCUCCUCAUCAACAGAUUUGUCAUGUAGAAGCUUAUCAAAAUGCACUUGCCUUACCAAAUUGUAAGAUGUUUAAAAUUCAGUAUUUGUAUAUGCAAAUAAAUAUUAAGGUUUUCAUCAAAAGUAGGGGAACUAUUUCUGAAAUUUCAGCAAUACUAGACUAGAUUUUUUUUCAAGCCACCUGCACUAGUAUUUCAAAUGGAAUAUUUCAUAUAAUACUAAAACCAUUUUACUUUUCUGACUCUCUUAUCAGAAUCUUUUCUCAUUCAGAUUUGAAUCACUCAUGCAGUGUACUUACUUCUGUUUAAUGUAUACAGUAGGUUUAAAAGAUGUACUUGGAGGGCAUAUUUGUUCUAAUAUCUCUUGGUCCAAAUUAUCAAGAUUAUUUCCCUGAGUGACCAGGAUCAUUGCCCCCUUUAUCAAAUUGUGUUAACAUAAAAUUAACCAUUGUAUCCAGGAAACUAUAAAAGUAAUUACCCCUGAAUCCAGCUAUGCUUAAGUUUGCAUAAGUUUUAUUUUGUAAUCUUUUGUUCAUUUAGUAUCAUUUACUCUUUUGGUAAAUCAUGAUAUCCCAGUUUUUCUGAAGACCUAAAACAGUAAUUGUAAUUCUAAGAAAAUGUGUCUUUUACUUUCGGUCAAUAAAAAACAAGUUGUAAAAUUGCUUUUGCUGAUGUUUAUUUUAUAUUAGCUGAUUUAUAUGGAAUGCAUAUUAAAAUGCUUUAUCUCAACUAUAAUAAUGUUUCCUUGUAUAUGUGCAUAGUCAUGUAUAUGUUUAUAUGUCUUGUUUAAUGGAAUUAAUAAAAAUAAAUUCUUUUUCUGUGGUA